AUGGUUGUAUUCAAGUCUAACGUUUUGACCUGUGCUCUGAAACUUGAUACUCAAACAUCAGGAUGGCAUAAGACCCUUAUCAAUGUAUUGAAGAGUGUUGAUGGAGUGUCUUACAGUAUAGACGCAGAACAAGGGAUAGCAUACAUAUCAGGUAAAAUUGAUGCUGGAAAGCUUUUGAAGAUGCUAGCAAAGUCACAGACAUAUGCAAAAGUUUGCUGGAUUAAUUCAUUAAAUCACAAUGCCAGCAACUCUAGAAUGCCCUUCGAUGGAUACAAUACUUAUUACAACACUGGCUAUGGAAAAUAUUAUCGUCCAGAUGGAAGAAGGGAGUACUUGAAUCACUGGCCUCAUUCGCACUAUGAUCAGCCAUAUCCAUCUCAAAUGAUCUCCUUCUAUGAGCCAUUGACAGCUAUGUAUUUUCCCCAGGCACCACCUCAAAAGGAGGAUUUCAAUGUUGGUGUUGCCCAAUGGUGCAGCAUUAUGUGA